UAUUAUUAUUAUUAUUGUGUGUUGUUUUGCUCUGUCAGGAUUGGUACAGCUCAGGAGGAGGAGUCUUGUUACGUCCUCAGUCUCCGUGGAUUCACACGCCAAAGCGGUUCCUUGCAUUUCCACACUCGCACACGCGCGCGGCUGGAGGCCGCUGGAGGGCUGACCGCGCCGGAUCCCUUCCUCCUCGGUGCGAUCAGAUGUUUAGAGCAGAUAUUCAGCCGCAGACCCGCAUAAAAAUGAGCCUUGUGGCAGGUUGAAUGAGAGCGGCCGCGGCGGAGGCUGCAGACCGAAGAGCUCUGGUGAAAGGAGGGGGGAGGGUGACGCUCGGCCGUCUUGUAAGAGGAUAGAGAAAGGACGAAAAGGAAAAGCGAGCUAUUUUUAAGGUGGACUGUUCCGGCGACGCCAUGAGCAGCGGAGCGGAUGAGAGCUCGGUGCGGGUUGCCCUGAGGAUCCGUCCUCAGCUGGCUAAGGAAAAAAUUGAGGGCUGUCACAUCUGUACGUAUGUGAUGCCCGGAGAACCACAAGUGAUCCUUGGUAAGGACAAGGCCUUCACCUUUGACCAUGUCUUCGACAUGAACACUCAGCAGGGUACCAUCUACACCCACUGCACAGAGAAACUCAUCGAGGGUUGCUUUGAAGGCUACAACGCCACCAUCUUUGCAUAUGGACAGACAGGUUCUGGUAAGACAUACACCAUGGGAACCGGCUUUGAUGUCAACAUCGGAGACGAUGAGCACGGCAUCAUUCCCCGAGCCGUCCACCACCUGUUCAGGGGGAUCGAGGAGCGCAGACAGGCCGCCACCGAGCAAAGCAGGCCUGUUCCUGAGUUCAAGAUCAACACACAGUUCCUAGAGCUGUACAAUGAAGAAGUGCUGGAUUUGUUCGACACAACCCGUGACCUGGAGGCCAGGAGGCAGAGAUCAAACAUCAAAAUUCAUGAAGACGCCAACGGGGGCAUCUACACCGUGGGGGUCACCACCCGCACCGUCACCUCCGCUGCGGAGAUGAUGCAAUGUCUGAAGCUGGGCGCCCUGUCUCGCACUACCGCCAGCACCCAGAUGAACGUCCAGAGUUCACGCUCGCAUGCCAUCUUCACCAUCCACCUCUGCCAAGUCCGAGUCUGCUCUCCUGAUAACAAUGAUAACCUCACUGAUAACCGCCUGGCUAAUGAUUCGGAGAUUAAUGAGUUUGAGACGCUGACGGCCAAGUUCCACUUUGUGGACCUGGCGGGUUCCGAGAGACUGAAAAGAACCGGCGCGACGGGAGACAGAGCGAAAGAGGGCAUCUCCAUUAACUGUGGACUGCUUGCCUUGGGAAAUGUCAUCAGCGCUUUGGGAGACCGAAGCAAACGCUCUAGCCACGUGCCUUACAGAGACUCCAAACUCACCCGGCUGUUACAGGACUCACUGGGCGGCAACAGCCAAACUAUUAUGAUCGCCUGCAUCAGCCCAUCUGACCGAGACUUUAUGGAGACCUUAAACACCCUAAAGUACGCCAACAGGGCCCGAAACAUCAAGAACAAGGUGAUGGUAAACCAAGACAGGGCCAGCCAGCAGAUCAGUGCACUGAGGACAGAGAUAGCCCGGUUGCAGAUGGAACUGAUGGAGUACAAGACGGGGAAACGAGUGCUGGGGGAAGAUGGCAUGGAGGGCAUCAAUGACCUGGUCCACGAGAACUCCAUGUUGCAGACGGAGAACAACAACCUAAGAGUGAGAGUGAAGGCCAUGCAGGAGACCAUCGACGCCCAGAGGACAAGGCUGACCCAGUUGCUCAGUGAGCAGGCCAGCCAGGUGCUGGCCAAAGCAGGUGAUGGGAAUGAAGAAAUUGGCAACAUGAUCCAGAACUACAUCAAAGAAAUCGAGGAACUACGAGCGAAGCUUCUCGAGAGCGAAGCCGUGAACGAGAAUCUGAGAAAGAGCUUGAGCCGGGCGUCGGCUCGCUCCUCUCUGUAUGGCGGCCCUGGCUCCUUCUCCGCCCUGAUGCCCCCGGAGAAGGAGGCCAGCGACGUCAUCGAGAUGGCCAAGAAGGACCUGGAGAAGCUCAAGAAGAUGGAGAAGAAGAAGAAAAAGAGGCUGAGGCAGUUCGAGGAGAAUCAGCACCAUGAGGCUGAGCUCAGCAGCGUCGUCAAAGAGGAGCUCCCCGACAAUGAUCAGGAGAGAAGCAACGAGGAGGCAGAGGGGGAGGCCAGCGGGCAUGAAGAUGGAGAAGAUGCAGACGGAGAAGAGGAGGACUUUGAUAUAGAAGGAGAGGAGACCUCUGAAGGUUCUGACUCAGAGGAACUAGAUGAGAAAGAGAACGUGCAGGCUGACCUGGCCAACAUCACGUGCGAGAUCGCCAUCAAGCAAAAGCUGAUCGACGAGCUGGAGAACAGCCAGCGGCGCCUUCACACCCUCAAGCAGCAGUACGAGCAGAAGCUGAUGAUGCUGCAGAACAAGAUCCGAGACACGCAGUUGGAGAGGGACAAAGUUCUGCACAACAUGGGCUCAGUGGAGUCGGGUACUGAGGAGAAGGCCAAAAAAAUAAAAACAGAGUACGAGAGAAAGCUGAGCAGCAUGAACAAAGAGCUGCAGAAGCUCCAGUCGGCUCAGAAGGAGCACGCCCGCCUGCUGAAGAACCAAUCACAGUACGAGAAGCAGCUUAAGAAGCUCCAGCAGGAUGUGACUGAAAUGAAGAAGACCAAAGUGGCGCUGAUGCGUCAGAUGAAGGAGCAGCAGGAGAGGAGCAGGGCUUCGGAGUGCAGGCGGAACAGAGAGAUCGCCUCUCUGAAGAAGGACCAGCGCAGAGCAGAGCUCCAAGUGAGGACACUGGAGGCUCAUAAAAGGCAACAGGAGCUGAUCCUUCGCAGGAAGAACGAAGAGGUGACGGCUCUGAGGCGACAGGUGAGGCCCAUGUCUGGAAAAGUGAGCAGGAAGUUAAGCUCACCCGAGUCUGCUCAGGAUCCUUCAUCCCGAGGAAAUCCCGGAAGGUUGCAGACUUCGGGAGCAAGCCCUUCCAACGGAGCAAGGAGCUCCCCCUUACCGAUGGGAAGUAUUUACCUGAAAAGGACGGCCAGGACUAAAUGGCAGUCUUUGGAAAGACGUGUCAGUGACAUCAUCAUGCAGAGGAUGACCAUCUCCAACAUGGAGACGGAUAUGAACCGACUCCUGAAGCAACGGGAAGAGCUGACCAGGCGGCGGGAACGCUUGUCCAGGAAGAGAGAGAAGCUGGCGGCAGAUGGCGCAGACGCCGAUCGCUCCCUGGCUACCUUGAAUGAAGAACUGGAGUCUCUAGGUGCCAACAUCGACUACAUCAACGACAGCAUCGCCGACUGCCAGGCCAACAUCAUGCAGAUGGAGGAAGCCAAGGAGGAUGGAGACACUGUGGAUGUAGCUGCUGUCAUCAGCUCCUGCAACCUAUCAGAAGCCCGCUUCCUUCUGGACAAUUUUGUGUCUAUGGCCAUCAACAAGGGUCUGCAGGCAGCUCAGAAGGACUCCCAGCUAAAGGUGAUGGAGGGGAGGCUGAAGCAGACUGAGAUAAACAGCGCCACCCAGAACCAGCUGCUCUUCCACAUGCUGAAAGAAAAGGCUGAGAUCAACCCAGAACUUGAUGCUCUGCUAGGCAGCGCUCUGCAAGAGUUAGGGUUCCUGUUACCAGCUGCAGAAAAUGGGAAUUGCAGCAGUAGUGACGAGUCCACUCCGAGUCCGGCUCCAGAUGGCAGGACACUGUCAUCAGAUUUAUUGAAGCUAUGUGGUGAAGCCAAGCCAAGAGGCAAGGCUCGAAGGCGGACUGCCACCCAGAUGGAGCUGCUCUAUGCUAGCAGUGGGGAUUUGUCCUGCGAGUCCCCCACCGGAGACUUUCCGGCCCCUUUACUGCCCCUUGUGGAGCGCCUCGAAGGGCCAGCAAACAUGUGGGGUCACGCAGCCGGCCAAGUCCCGGACCGCGAGCGGACGGUUUCACCAUCUGCGCUGUCUGCCAGGGCAGCUGGCGUUUCUGGAUCUAGGUCACCUACAAGAGUGGAGAGGAAGCAGCCGGAGCGCUCACCCCUGAACCGCAGGAAGGUGCAAGAAAAAGGCCCCACCUUGUCUCCCAUGGCAACCCCUGCACAGAUGCCAUCAGUGGGCACCACAGAAACUAAAACGAAAGGCAGCGGAUACAAAUCAAUGCUGGAUGAAUUGCCCGUUUUUGAAGGACACAGAGGUGUGAUCAGUCCUGUGGCAGCUUCUAAGAACAGUUGGGGAACCAGAAUUCAGUGCAUCCACAUAGCUGAAGGCCACACCAAACCUGUUCUCUGCGUGGAUGCAACAGAUGACCUGCUUUUUACUGGCUCUAAAGAUCGGACUUGUAAGGUCUGGAAUCUGGUGACGGGCCAGGAGAUUAUGUCUCUCGCAGAUCAUCCCAGUAGUGUUGUCUCUGUCAGAUACACCUCGAGCCUUGUCUUCACCGUUUCCACUGCUUACAUCAAGGUCUGGGAUAUUCGAGACUCCGCUAAGUGUAUCCGUACACUCACGUCAUCAGGUCAAGUGGGGUCAGGGGAUACAUGUUCCUCUGCUAGAAGUUUAUCUAUCCCACCCGGAGAGAGUCCGAUAAACCAGAUCGCCCUCAACACUUCCGGCUCAUUUCUGUAUGCUGCAGCUGGGAACGCCGUCCGCAUGUGGGACCUCCGCAAAUUCGUGUCCACUGGAAAGUUGACGGGCCAUUUGGGACCUGUUAUGUGUCUAACUGUUGAAAAGUUGGGUCAAGGACAAGACGUCGUGCUCACUGGCUCAAAAGACCAUCAUGUCAAAAUGUUUGAGGUGACUGAAGGUGCUCAAGGCAGCAUCACUUCCAGUUAUACGUUUGACCCCACCCACCAGGACAGCGUGGAGUCUCUAGCCAUUCAUGGAGACGUCUUCUAUAGCAGCUCCAAAGAUUAUUAUAUAAAGAAGUGGGACGUGGCCAGUAAAAAGCUUUUACAGUCAGUCAGUGCCCAGACAGACUGGGUUAGUGCUCUGGGUGUGGUACCAGGUUCCCCAGUGCUCCUCAGUGGGUGCAGAGGAGGGCUGCUUCGCCUUUGGCACACUGACUCACUGGCACCCCUUGGAGAGGUCCAGGGGCACGACAGUCCCAUCAAUGGCUUGGCAACCAACGGCACUCAGUUGUUCACAGCCUCAGAUGACCGCACAGUGAAAAUCUGGGAAGCCAAAAACUCCCUGGAGGAUGGAAUUCACUGACAGCUGAUCUCCGUCAUUCACAUACAAGGGACUGUCUACUUGUCAUCAUCAGUUAUUUGAUACAAUGAGUGUUUGUUUUUUUGCUGACAGUUAGAGAUGUUGAACCCAACAGAGAUUUUGUCAGGAAUACCACAUUGGAUGUGGUUAGUUUUCCCUGGUGAAAACAGUUAUUAAUAUUUUAGGUCAAAGCCAAUCACCAUGAACUUAAGAAGGCCUUUUAAGUCCCUUCAGUGGCUACGAGACAGCUGGGAAAAUAUAAUUUUAUGGAUCCAGGGUCUGGAUCCAGUAGGGAAACAUCUCUGCAUAUAGUGUUUUUGUUUUAAGCUGCUGAAAGAAAAGAAACAGUGAAGAUGAAAUAUUUUGCUUCCCAUGUCAAAUUCUUUUUUUUAAAUCAAAGACCUAGCAAUUUUCUGUUUCAACCUCAUUAAUAACUGUGAUCCUGUGUGUUGACAUGCUGUAUGAUACGUCCUGUCUUCCCAACAAUGCUCUACAGGUCAUUUUAUUUGUGUGUGUCUGUGAUGUUCUUGUUCUCAGUUAAAGGACCAAACUACUGAAAAUUAGCUUUUAAGCUGUUACUGCCAAAUUCACUGGAGAAAAAACAUUUAAAGCCUCUAAAAACAUACUUCAUGGUCCAUCAAUAUGCAUGGUUUUACAAGUUCUUUUUCUUCUUUCUCUCAUUUGUAUGUUUAUUAGAGAGUAAAAGAAUAGCACUACUUAAGUAUUUAUUCACAUUUAAUGCUUUCAUAAAAAAGCAUUAAUUAGCUUUAAUUUGAAAUGCUAAUUAGCCUACCUGUCUAAUAUUUUAAUUACUUUUUCAUUAAUUUUGCUAACAAUAUUGCUUGGUUAACAUUCUUUUAAAAGAGAAAUUAACAAUAUUAAAUCGGAAAUUCAUCAAAAUCCAUAUGCUGAAACACACCUUGCUUCAACCCUGUUUAGCUAGUCACAUUAGCUUUUAGCAUGACUAAUUUAGCCAACCUUUUUUUCAGUUUUGUUUCAGAAGUUUCUGGCCCUAAUUAUUUUGUUUAAGAUUUACAGACAAUGAUAUAUAUUAAAUUGGUAACACGUUUACAAAUAAAUUUCACAUCAAGUUAUGGAAACUCACCAAACAACUGAAAACUAAAAAAAUAACGUACAACCCUGUUUAGCUAAUUCACUUUUAGCAUUGUUUUGUUGGUCCUUCUUUUAUGUUGUUCAAGUUUCUCAUGUUUUUUUUCCCUUUAUGAAAACCAUGCGGCAGUGCUAAUUGUUGUGUUUAAGACAUACAAAAGCACAAAUAAAGUAAGCUAACUUUAGCAAGCUAGCUGCAAUGUGCAGAUUUGUCUUCACUUUUGAGCAUUUUGUGCUAAUUGGUUAUAUUGAUUAAAUUUCCUUUUUCUCAGUACUUUCUGGCAUAUUCCUUGACAUUACAUGUUUUUUAGUAAAAUACCACGUUUUUUGACAUAUAAACUUUAAUGAGAGUGAGUCUGUAAUCUGAGCAAUGUGAAAGCGAAUCUUGUAUGUUUAUGGAAUCAAGCACCUUGUAUCGUCCAACUCAGAAGGGGUCACAGUAGAAUAUGAGGUACAUAUUGUGUGACAACAUAUUUUCCUAACAUAUCUAUGUGGGUCCAACCCAAUGAUAAGUGACAAGUCUGAAUUAAUUUCUACAUGUUCAGUUUGGCUUUUGCUGCUGAAAUUGUGAACUGCUCAAAUCCUGGAAUCAAUUAUUACAAACAGAAUUAAAUAUUCCUGAAAUGUUACUAUUUAUUUAUUUUUCAUAAAUUUGUCUAAGUUCACUAUCCAUUGUCUUUAUUACCCGUGACUGACUGUACAUUGUUCAAUUUAAUGCCUGUGUUUUAUGUAUCAUAGACAAUGAUUUGCACAGAAUUGAUGGGAUGGAUCUAUCUGUAAUCAGAGUAGUUUUAUCAUUUAUCAGUGCCUGUUAUAAAUCCUAAACUGUAUGUUGAUUUUUUAGACAUGUUUAAUGAAAACUUUCCUUCGAUGAAAAAGAUUAGGUAAGCAUUUUUCAAUAAGUUUAUGUCAAAAUCAGAUGUGUCUUGAAACAACAUUGUGCUUUUCUUUGGAGGUAGCACUGUACACCAUAGAUUACUUUGAGGAUGCUGGUUUUCUGUACCAAUGUCUGUGUAAUUUGCUUUAAAAACAUGUUUUCGGUUAUCAGGCUACUCAAGAUAUGAAGAAUCCCUUAUUUUUUUGUUUAGCUGCAGUUUCUUUCUUUUGUGUAAAUAUGUUUUUUUGCUGGUUCUGUUGUGGACAGUUUCAUGUAAUGGACAUAUCGGAUACAGUGUGUGAAUAAAUUGGGAACUGGUUUAUAA